UAUGACUGUUUUUUUUUUUUUUCUCUCUUAACGGUGAUGGUUUUUCAUCUUUUGUGGGGGACAGAAGUAUAAAAAUAUCACUGAUUUUCCUUUAUUUCAGGUGUCCAGGUUGCAGAGCUUAGCUAUUCACAAUGAUAAACAUCGAAGAGAAGCUUGGGGUCACCAAGACCGGCCCACACACGUAUGUUUCCAACUCGUACCUCCCCAAACCAGCACCAGCAUCCAGAGGAGUUUAUGGAGGAGCAUUGGCUGCCCAAGCGUUAUUGGUGGCUAUUAAAUCAUGUCAUUCUGAAGGAAUGAGUCCUCACUCCUUACACUCAUAUUUUGUUAAGCCCACUUCUCCCGACAAGUUGAUCCAUUGGGAGGUGACCGAAAUUAGCAAUGGGAAGAAUUUCACCAACCGAAAUCUUAAGGCAUUACAGGACGGAGUGAUUACUUACAUUGUGAAUGUAAGUUUAACCAAGAAGAACAGCUUUAAGGAAGCCACAAUUAAGUACGAAGCCGCACUUGCCAAAGCUUCUGUUGGUCAAGACCUUGGUGAUAAUGCCGAGGAAGACGAGGAAACCGAAGAAGUGAUUCAAAAACCUUUUAGAUUUCAAACAGACUACCCCGAAUGGUUAAAGAAACAUCCAGCGGAAGAGUUGGGUAUUGAUUUCAAGUCGAGUAAUCGGGCCAUAUACCAUUCGAUCCCACCAGAAAUGACCGAUUUGCAAUUAACGAAAGAUGAAACGUCCCGUUCGAUCACUGAUCGUAGAUUGGCUUUUUACGCUAAAUGGGGGUUGAACAACAUUCAUUAUACUGACGAUGCAUACAAAUUUGCUGGGUUGGCUUUUCUUUCCGAUUCCUAUUUUCUUACUAGAUUAGGAAGAUUAUUAAGAAUUGAAAAUAUCAGACAUGAUCGGGUGGUCCAUUAUUUUUCGGUCAGUUUAGAUCAUAUCAUAUACUUCCACGAUGAUGACUUUGAUCCCACUGAAUGGAUAGGGUUUGCUUUUAAAGCAAUUAGAUUCAGUAAUAACCGUGCUUUAUUAGAAGGUGAAUUAUACAACGAUAAAGGUAUACACGUUGCUUCCAUUGUUCAGGAAGGAUUGGUGUACUUUAACGGACUAGAAAGAGAAGCUAAGAUUUAGACUCGAUGACGUAUUUAUCUUUUGUAAUUUAAUAUUAAG